AUGAGAAGCGUCGUUGUUAUUUCUGCGAUGAUCGGCGCUGUUUUCUGUCGCCCCAAUGCCUUGGACACACCAGGCGGCAGCGGUCCUCCUGGCGGACCUGGUGGUCCUCCUGGCGGGCCUCGUGGUCCGGGAGCCUCCUGUUUUUUCAGUAUCAUGAAGAAUAACGACACAAUGGCCAAGAAGAAGGCUGACCUUCUCACUUGGGGACAAUCGAAUGGAGUCCAGGUCUACCACAUCAUAAAGCUCGCAACGGCACACCUCCAUCCUAGAGAACUCGGUCUUCCACACGGUCCUCAAAAUUUCGCAACAGCCGUCAUGGAUGCACCAGAAGAAGGAAAUGAUUUUGGCGCGGCAGUGAUGGACCAUGAAGAUCCUGUUCAAGACGAUAACUGA